AUUCCUCUCAUUGUGAGGCAGCCUCCCUCAGAGGACACACAGCAGCCUGCCUCCGUCUUCCUGCCAGGGCUCUGCAGUGAGCAGCAUGUGGGAGAGAGGGAGGUACAGCACAGCUUUCUCAGUAACACAAGUCAUCCACAGGCAAACAGGGGGUGGGAAGCAAGAAGUUAAGCGGACACGUAGCUGAGCCUGCCACAGCCCCCAUCCUGACAGCGGCUGCACCCAGUACAUGUUGUCCAUGGUGAAUAGUGGAUUUCAUGAGAUCUGCGCAGAAAACUUUCCCCACAAGUUUUUCUCGCUCUCGGUAUUAUCUGCCAAUGUUCCAAGGAUCGAACGUCUGGAUGCUGGGUUAAAGGGGGGCGAGAAGUGCUUUGAAAGAUGCUUCUAUUGGCCCAGUACGGAAUAACGGAGAGCUGGGGGAUGUGAAAGAGAUUGUGGCCUCAUUGCAUGGGUCCCCAAUGUCUGCAGAUGUAAGUUGUCAGACAAUAAGUAAUAGAGGGAGACUGUAUUGAACCUUAUCUUCUCGGAUGACACAAUUGGCACUGCCAUUAAUAAGGAGGAUCCCUGGUCGCUGUGCCCAGAUCUAGUUACUGGACAAUCAGAUUAGCUCGGAAAACUGUGUCAGGGCUUCGAGAUCACUGUCAUCUGCUUUUGCUUCAAAUUGGUCCCAUCUGCUCCCAUCAGGGCGUUACAUCUGGAAAGAAGUCAGUUCCACUUGGUCCGGGGAGAGGUGCCACGCAUUGCAAGGAGCUGAGGAGGCUGAACCCUCUGCGGUUUCUUUGGGGAUGAGGGUGGCAGGGUCUGGCGAGGGCUGAGGAUGGCAUCGGCAGUGUUUGAGGGCACCUCUCUGGUGAACAUGUUUGUAAAAGACUGUUGGGUGAACGGCAUCCGGAGACUCAUCAUCAACCGGAGAGGGGACGAGGAGGAGUUUUUUGAGAUCCGGACGGAGUGGUCAGACAGGAAUAUAUUGUAUUUACAUAGGAGUUACUCGGACCUGGGGAGACUGUUCAAGAGGCUGCUGGAGUCCUUCCCAGAGGACCAUGGAGAGCUGUCACAAUCCUCUCUGCUGAAAGGACUUAUCACAAUUAAAGAUGCUCAUGAAAUAGAAGCAAGACUUAAUGAAGUGGAAAAACUUUUGAAAACUGUAAUAAAUAUGCCGUGCAAAUAUUCCAGAUCAGAAGUUGUCCUCACGUUUUUUGAGAGAUCUCCGCUUGACCAAGUGUUAAAAAAUGAUAACGUUCACAAGAUUCAACCAAGCUUCCAAAGCCCAAUUAAAAUAUCUGAAAUCAUGCGUUCCAAUGGCUUUUGUUUAGCAAACACAGAGACGAUCGUUAUUGACCACAGCCUUCCUCACGUGAAAGAUCCGGAUUUGGAUGUAGAUUCGACAGAUCACUUAUUUGGAAAUGGAACUGCCUUUCCUCCGGAGCCUGAAGAUGUGGAUGAUCCAACAGCUUAUGUUACAAACUUGUCCUAUUAUCACCUGGUUCCUUUUGAAACAGACAUCUUAGACUGAAGCUAUCAGAGUGUGCGUUACACUUUACCUUCUCAGUGAAGCCUCUUGAGUGCUGCUGUUCUUGUGGCCUUUUCAACUAAAAACACGCCUGUUUGUAACUAGCACACUGAUUAGAAGCCGCACAGAUGCAGACAGCGUAUCUGUAUGUGAGCAAGAAGAUUCAACGCCAUCACCUUCAUCUGGCGUCUUACUGCAUGCCUAUAGACUCAUGCACAAUUAGUGCAUGAUUGUAAUGAAGAAAAAUAAAUACAUUUACAUAUUCAAAAAAGCGCAAGUUCCAGCAGUAAACAUCCAAAUCCCUACCUUCAGAUUUUUAUUUUUUACCACACAAAAAAAUAUGCUGAACUAAAAAAAAGCAGGAACAUUUUAAGAAUGUGAGAAAAGAGCCAAUGCAAUCAAAGCAAAUGCUUUUUCAAUCUUAUCUGGACAUUUUUGUGUUAUGUGAUACAGUCUCCUGCCCUAUGAAUGUGUAAUGAAGAGGUAUAUGAGUCGCAAAGAAAAAGAGUAUUUUUGUUUGUAAUAGUGUAUAUAAUGGACUUCAGUAUGUUUAAGGACAUGCACAAUGUACGUGGAGUCAGUAAAGAACCAAGGCCUAUAUAAAUGGUCUUCAUCUUGACAAACUCCCACCCAAAGUGCAAUAUUAACCUUAAAGCCAUUGCUACAGUAGAUUUUAUAAAAUAUUUUUGGGUGGGUGUUUUCCCUCAAACCCGUAAUGAUUUAGCUGUACAAUCUCGGUUCUGAGCUAUGUAUACUAACAGGAACUACCGUCGAAUGUAAAUAAUAGUAAAUUAUUGAAAAUCCUAAAUUCUUUUAUACCAUACAUUUUGAAAUUUAUUUUAAUGAAAUGAGAAAGUAUUACUCACAUUAAAAAUAUUUAAUAUCAA